UGACUGUCUUAUGAGCCCAGCCUGGAAAGAGAGGGGUGCAGGCGGCCGAUCUUGUCUUCCAGAAAGGCCGGGGUGCUGAAGGAAAACUCGGACGGCGCUUUCUCCCCUCCCUUCGCUUCCUUUCAGGGGGUGAUGGAGUCGGCGGCGGCGGCCGUGUGUACCUUGCUGUGUCCCGGAGCUUUCUGGCAACGCGUCUCCGGCCCGCAAGAGGAGCAGUUGCUGAAACAGAUGAGCUACGCCAUGGUGGGCUUUAUAUCUGUGACGGGAGUGUUCGUCCUCUGCCGGACCGGGGCACCAUACGGCCGCUACGCUUCAACCUCUUACGGCUACCCUGUUCCUGCCACCCUGGCCUGGAUGGUGCAAGAAGCGCCUGCCUUUCUUUUCCCUGGAAUGCUCGGGCUGUGUAGCGGCGGUAGCCGUCUCAGCUUUUGGCCCAACCGGUUUCUGCUGGGACUCUUCCUCAUCCACUACUUUUACAGGUUGGCGGGACUUUUAUUUUGUCUUAA